UUCAAGUCUCACACAACUGCCAUAUCGUUUUCUCAGAAACUUCCCCGAGACAACAAUAGAAGAUGCAAAUAAUAUAUCUCAUCCCUUUGGUCGCCUUCGUCGCUCAGGCACAUCCACUUGCUAUGCCUGAAGAGGCAAAGAAUGGCAAAGCCGUCAAGGCCAACGAAGAAAGCUAUCAAUGGGCGAGCGACGGUGGCUAUGUCUCAUUCUACGCGAAAGACAAGAAAGCCAUUGCUGAGAAGGCCAAGCGCGAGAAUGACAAAGAAAGCUAUCAAUGGGCGAGUGACGGCGGCUACGUGUCGUUCUAUACGAACGACAAGGAAGCCACUGGUGAUAAGUACAAGCGUGAGGAUGAAGUUGAAGGCUCUUAGUUAUCCAGGCG